UUUCCGAGCUCCAUUUCCCAACUACAGAUAAAAGCCUGAAACCGACGAGAGGCUUCCAGAUGUGCUAGUGACUUUUAUUCAUCUCAGAGAGGGACACUUCGGGGUUUUUCGGCCUGUAAUCGCCGCAGGUCCGGUCGUUGGUAUCUGAAAGCCGAGCAGCGGGCGGACAUGAGGCUGAGUUACUGUGUCUGGCUAACAUAACAUUAGCGCUAAGCUAGCUGAGGAUUUUUAAGGUGUCGCCAGCAAACCCUGACCGGACCGACUGUACGGCCACCGAGGCUGCCGCUGGCCUGGCCGAUGAUGGUCUGACCGAAAACCUUCCAGACUUUCCGUUUUUUUGUGCCGUUAUGGCACCGAGGCUCGACAGUGAGCUGCUGCUGCUGCGCGUCUGAAUUAACUUACAGCGUAACGUUAAUUCGGCCGAAAUCAAAACGCCAAGUUUGUCGGUAUCGCCGAACUAACGAUAUCCAGCCGAUUAGCUCCGUUUGCCAUGUUUACCUCAGACUAGCUGUGCGCCUCGAUGAUACAGACCGCUAGGUUAGCUAACUAACUAGCAGGCUAGUCUCGGUCUGUCCGUGUGAAUCUGAAAUCGGCGUCGUCGUUUGUUUUCUUGAAAAAGAAGGUUUUUACAGUCAGUCGUUUCCCUCUCGGACUGACUGACUGACUGUCUGUCUGACUGAGCACUGAGGAGAAAAAGGAGAAAAGGUGCCUUAAUUACUUGAACAGACGUGAAGAAUGGCGGCCACUUUAUCAGCGGAGGAGGAGCAGGCCACUAAACAGUUCCUGGAGGAGAUCAAUAAGUGGACCAGUCAGCAUGGCGUCUCCCCUCUGUCAUGGGAUGUGGCUGUGAAGUUCCUAAUGGCGCGCAAGUUUGAUGUCCUUCGAGCUAUAGAGCUCUUCCACAGCUACAGGGAGACACGACUGAGGGAGGGCAUCGUCAAACUGCAGCCACAGGAAGAGCCACUGCGCUCUGAACUGCUCAGCGGCAAGUUCACUAUCUUGGGAGUAAGGGACCCCUCAGGUGCCUCCAUAGCUCUGUACACAGCCAAGCUUCACCAUCCCAAUAAAACAGGCAACCAUGUGGUGCUACAAGCUCUGUUCUACCUGCUGGACAGAGCAGUAGAAAGCUUUGAGACCCAGAGGAAUGGCCUUGUGUUCAUCUAUGACAUGGCAGGAUCCAACUACACCAACUUUGAGCUGGACUUGAGCAAGAAGAUCCUUAAUCUGCUUAAGGGUGCGUUCCCUGCCCGACUGAAGAAGGUGUUCAUAGUUGGAGCUCCAGUCUGGUUUCGAGUGCCCUACAACCUGCUGAGUCUGCUGCUAAAGGAGAAACUCAGAGAAAGGGUCCAAAUGGUGAAGAUGACUGACCUGCGACAGCACCUGCCCAGAGACUGCUUGCCCGAGCACCUAGGCGGCUGCCUGGCUCUGGAUGUUCAUGGCUGGAACCAGCGGCUGCUGGCCGAGCAGAACGGACAAGUAGACCCGGUCGAUGAAUUGGUGGGCAUCCCACUGGACGAUUCCUCAGUGCACACACCAGGCCCCGAGGCCAUGCGGCUGCCAGAGUUUAUGGCACACCUAGCUCGAGCCCAACGCAGUGGCAUCUACCAGGAGUACGAGGAGCUCCGUAAAGAGCAGCCACCUGGAACUUUCCACUGUGCACUGGCUGGCUACAACCAGGAGAGGAAUCGCUAUGGUGACGUUCUUUGUCUUGACCAAACACGUGUACGUCUGAAAGGCAAAAGAAAUGAGAGAUCAGAUUACAUCAACGCCAGCUUCAUGGACGGCUACAAACAGAAGAAUGCGUACAUUGGAACUCAAGGGCCGCUGGAGAAAACCUACGGAGAUUUCUGGAGAAUGGUGUGGGAGCAAAGCGUGCUGGUCAUUGUCAUGACAACAAGGACUGACGAGGGUGGCCGAAGGAAGUGUGGUCAGUACUGGCCUCUGCAGGAAGGGGGCCAAGAGGUGUACGGACACAUAGCUGUGGUCAACCAGAGAGUGGACAACCAUUCCCAUUACAAUCAGACCACUCUGGAGCUACAUAACACAGAGACCUGUGAGCAGAGGCAGGUUACUCACUUCCAGUUCCUCAGCUGGCCUGACUACGGCGUCCCCUCCUCUGCGCUGUCUUUGCUUGACUUCCUGGGUGCAGUGAAGAGGCAGCAGAAGAGAGCAGUGAAGGCUCUGGGGUCACAGUGGAGGGGUCAUCCUCUGGGACCACCCAUGGUUGUCCACUGCAGUGCAGGCAUUGGCAGGACAGGUACGUUCUGUGCAUUGGAUAUAUGUCUGUCCCAGCUGCAGGAGGUCGGGACUCUGAAUGUGUGUCAGACGGUGAGGCGUAUGAGGACGCAGCGCGCCUUCAGCAUCCAAACACCAGAACAGUAUUACUUCUGCCACACUGCCAUCCUAGAGCAUGCCCAGCGACAGGGACUGCUCUCGACCAAUCAGUGAGAGACCGAAUCUGCUUUCUGUCAGUCAGCGAAAGACAGAGGCAGCUUUCUGCCAAUCAGUGACACUCAGAGUGCUCUUAGCCAAUCAGUGGGCUACUUGCCAAUAGACUGAGCAUAAAUGGUCUCUGAAGGAAUCUUUUUACACCCACUUGUCUGACUGACAUUCACUCCAAGCACAGUACUUGUGACUCUUUUAAAGAUUGGUGAAUAAAGUGCCACAGUCAUAGCAAUCAUAGCCAACACUGUUUGCCAAGAGAUCUUAAUCUCUGCUGGAUCCAGCUGAAGACUGAAGGGGUCCAUCUGUCUCAUAGCCAAUCAGUAAUGCUGAUAAUGUGUGAAAGUGUUUGUAUUGAAAUUGAAUGUUCCUAAGUCAUUAGUGACCAGUAUGUUGAGUGUUGUUUCUGAAUGACAUCUAACAGUUCAAAUUACCCAAGAGCCUUCACACUGUUUUCAAAGCCAGAAAAUCUGCAGUCUAAAACGAUAUCAAGAGAACCCCCCACCACCUUUAAUCAGGUUUUUAUUUAACCUCAUAAAUGGUUGCAAAUGAUUAAAAUAUGUACACUUCAAAACAGAUUUUUUAUCCUGAGUUUGCUCAGUUAGUAGAAAAAAACUGUCAGAUCAUGAGAUUAAUUCACAGAUGCAGCUUCAGUCUCAGCUUAUCCUGAUUUGUUCUGUAAUUUGACAGUUCACCAGUCUUGGCAGAUGCAGCACACUGAACCCAAAGGUGCUCAUACACAUACAUUUGACUAACCCCAAAAUGUUUCCGUCUCUUAAUCAAUUCUGAUGCUUCAGAGGGACCAGUUGUUUUCCUUUAAACUCCAGAUCUACAGUGGAUGUGACAUGUCAUGCCUCUGUUCUGUUAGCGCACAAACAGCUGAAAAUCUGCUCGGUCUACCAAAGCAUUUACUCUAUGUACCAGUACGAUUUUGUGACACUAUAAACAAAUGGACAGUUUCCCAACAGUACUCAUUUGAAAUACAUCAUUUGUAUGAGUCAUUUGGGUCAUGUUUUGCCUUAGAUAUUUAUAUUACAAUUUUGCUUCUUUGUACAGCCUCCACUAGAAACAAAGUUUGUAAUCAAGGCUUUAUGAAUUAACUCUGUUUCUGUAGAUGCUUUUUUUUUCAUCAGAAUUUAAAACAGGCAGCAUGUGUUUAAACUGCAGAGGUCACUCAGUAUCUUCUGUUCAACUUCAAAAUAGUGUUGUCUAAAUAAGUGGUUCUCAACCCGGAGAGACCACCAGACAGUCCACAUUUUGCUCUAUCUCUGUGCAUUGGGAGUUAGGUUGAAGGGGGGUCCCUUAAAAGUGGUUUGAGAACUACUGGUCUAAAGGGAUCAAGGCAACCGACAAGCAGCACAAAGAAGAAAUAAGACCUCUGUGUGUUGAAAUAGGCACAUGAAGCAUCAUGUGAAUACUUUAAGCUCAAAAACAAUAUUAGGAUAUUGAGCAGCCGUUUUUGUUUCUUGUCUCUGGUAUUUGGCUCCAGCAAAGGAAAUGGCACAAUGACCACAAUAACAAUAGAUGUUAACUGGCAGGUUAUCUGUUUGAUUUUCAACCAGAUGAACCAUUUAGAGAUUGUUAGGUUCAUUUUAACCCAGUUUUAUGGAAGUAAAAGUAUUUGGCAGGUUUCUAUAAGUUAUAUUAUUCCUUUGUGAUGUUCUCCAGAUGUAGUGUUCUGGAUGUAAUGGUCCUCUCCCUCUACACUGUGGAGUGUUCCUGACUUAUUUGAAGGUUUUCCACACAAGUGAAAGGAGGAUUAUUCUGUUUAUCACUAUAGUCUUAUUUGGUUCACAAUUAGUUGCUUUGCCAAGUCAUUGCUAAUUGCUAAGUUCACUAAUGGUUUCUUUUGUUCCCCAAUGAUAAAACAGUUGAUAUCUAACUGUAUGAUUCAUCUUUAAUUGCCCUGCUUUAUUUGCAUUAAGGCUUCUAGGUUCAUGUGUUCAGACUAAAAUCUGGCCACAAAUGAACAUGUUAAAAAGUAGAGCUGCGAAGCCAACUGUCCAAAAAAUUAAUGUAGUAAAAAUGUCAUUGUAUCAUUUCAAAUUGAAAGUACUAGAGGACAAGAGGACAAAACGUGUUCGCAGGUUGCAUCAGAUAGACGACUGAAUACUGUGACAUGUCAGAUCCUGUUUAGAAGCACUGAGUAGAAACAUGAUCGAUAUUAAUCUCAGACAAAAAGAUGUUCUUAAAGCCUGUAGGCUUCUCCUUAGAGCGACAGGUUUUCCUUUUAUAAUGACCCAUGUAGGAGUGCUGUUUUCUUCCUAAAGCUCCACUUGGCCAUUUAUUUGGAUUUUUGAACUUGCAUUGGAUUGGAUAACCAAUGCAGUACACUCUUAAGCUUGUGUGUCUGUAUUUGCAAGAGUGGGAAAGCUGAUCUAAGAACCUGUAUUUAUGAUGGCCAUAGUCGCAAAAACUGAUUCCAGAUUCUGCUCAUGAGGUGAUUUGUGAAUACAGAUACUGCUUUCCCUCUUUGGGCCAGAGACCAGUGUGCGUGCUCAAGUAAAACACCAUUGUGUUCUGUGACAUGUGAAUGCUGUUGCUACUGUUAAGGUAAAAGGAUCUACCAGUCUGCCCUGCUUACAUCUAACGUCUGUGUAAAAUAGCCUUAUAACUGUAUGGAAGCACUUUCAAGCAGGUGUUCACUAUGUGCAUUCACUGACAUUAUUAACAGUAGAAGAUUUUAACACCACAAAUUCCAUAACUAAUGUACUGUGGUGUGAACUGCAAUAGUCGUUAACUGACGAAUCUGCAAGCUCAGUGGUCUUUUAGGCAGUUUUUUAUGUUAAUCAUGUGUUCAGGUGUUUUAAUGUUGGCUUAAAGAUCUGUAUCAUUUCAUAGUAUCACUUUUUAUUUUGUCCUUGGGUAUGUGAACCUUUGCUACUGAAUUCAUAUUGAAUUUGCUUGUAGUGAAGCGUCUUUUAAAUCAAACACUUGUAGGCACUCAUUCUAGGAUUGUUAGCUGUUCAAACGACGGACACAAAAUGUGACUGAUUUUUAUUUUUCUAUUAUAUUCAGCAAACUUAUGUGUCCUUACAUAUUACUCCAUUUGCAAAUAGCUACUUAUAUUUUCUCAUUCUGUAACUCAUUCAUUUGUAUGACUUAUGGUAAUGUAAUGUUAUGUAAUGUAAUCAAGCUAUGUAAUCAAUAAUGCCAUGGCGUUCACUUAUAUGUUGAGCAGUUCACUUUAUGACCAAGUACUUUUAUUCUGAAAGAGAUCUGUAACAUGAGAUGGGCACAUGUGUGAGAUAGCAAAUGGUGUCUCUUGUGCUGAAAAUGUUGCAUGCUUCUUUGGCAGAAUGGAGUCCUGAUCCCUGACUCAGGGACAUCUAUUUGAGCAAGUAGAACCUUGUACAGUAUGUGGGGGGGAAAAAGCAGUUUAAAAGAGAAUUAAAUGGAGCUAUCAUUUCUUCA